AGCUGGGCUGCACAGAUCCCGGAGACAAUAACACUUUUCCAAAAAGAGACGAAAAGUCACACUUCAGGGGCGUCAUUCAGAGUGGAGCCCGCAGACUGCCUGUGCCUGCGGACGCAUCUGCUCCGUGCACAGACUUGCAGCAUGCACCGGUGGAGGUAGUGCACAGCCUAAAUCCCCUGACUCGUCUGUGACAACAAGACAAGACGAGGCUCGCUUUAAACAAACCUUAUCUACUUCAGCAGCAGCAGCAAGGUCACCUUGAUAUGGAUCUAGUGGGGAACUGAAGCACGGGGCUGUUAUUAUUUUUGGAGUGUGCCAGAGAGCGCACGCAUGCAGCAUCCUCUUCCUUGUGCAGGAAUAUUUUGGUGGUAAAUUCACUUUAUCUUCUUUUCCCCCACUGGAAUGCACCUGUUCACCUGGAUACACACCAUCACGUGAGCCCUUACUUUUCCCUCUUUGGAUCAUAAAGGAGAGAUUUUUUUUGGGGGGGGGGGGUUAAAAGAAAAGAAAAGUGUCCAGGCAAUUUUUUUUUGUGAGGUGAGGACUUUGGCACAGGGUCUCGGGAGCGAUGGCGGCGUCUGCACCCUCCUCCUCCUCCACCAACACCUCCUCAUCCACCACCACCGGCGGCGGCGGCGAAGCGGAUCCCAACUCGACAAAUUUACGACCACCGGGCUCAAGCUAUGAUGCUUGGUGUGGAGUUGCGCAUGGAUGUACUAGAAAAUUGGGAAUGAAGAUAUGCGGAUUUUUGCAGAAGAACAACAGUCUGGAGGAGAGGAGCAGGAUCGUGGGUUCCCUCAAGGAGCGCGCGGCCAAGAACCUGCUGUCCUGCGAGAACAGCGGUGGAGACGCGCGCUUCAGACGCACGGAGACGGACUUCUCCAACCUGUUCGCCAGAGAUCUGUUGCCUGCUAAAAAUGGAGAAGAACAAACCAUGCAGUUCUUGCUGGAGGUCGUGGAAAUCCUCACCAACUACAUCAAGAAGACCUUCGACCGGUCCACCAAGGUCCUGGACUUCCACCACCCCCACCAGCUGCUGGAGGGCAUGGAGGGCUUCAACCUGGAGCUGUCCGAGCAGCCAGAGUCCCUGGAGCAGAUCCUUGUGGACUGCAGAGACACCCUGAAAUACGGAGUGAGGACAGGCCACCCCAGGUUCUUUAACCAGCUGUCCACUGGAUUAGACAUCGUUGGGUUGGCCGGAGAGUGGCUCACCUCCACAGCCAACACUAACAUGUUCACCUAUGAGAUCGCCCCUGUCUUUGUUCUCAUGGAGCAGCUGACACUGAAGAAGAUGAGAGAAAUCAUCGGCUGGCCUGAAGGAGAAGGUGAUGGAAUAUUUUCUCCAGGAGGAGCAAUCUCCAACAUGUACAGUGUGAUGAUUGCCAGAUACAAAUUCUUUCCUGAAGUCAAGACCAAAGGCAUGGCAGCUGCGCCGAGACUGGUCCUCUUCACCUCAGAGCAUAGUCACUACUCCAUCAAGAAAGCCAGCGCAGCUUUGGGUUUUGGAACAGAGAACCUGAUCCUUCUGAACACAGAUGAGAGAGGGAGAGUUGUUCCUGCUGAUUUGGAAGCCAAAGUAAUAGAGGCCAAGCAAAAGGGGUACGUUCCAAUGUUUGUGAACGCCACCGCCGGUACCACCGUCUACGGAGCCUUUGAUCCCAUCAAUGAAAUUGCAGACAUCUGCGAAAAGUACAACUUGUGGCUUCACGUCGAUGGAGCCUGGGGAGGAGGUUUGCUGAUGUCCAGGAAACACAGACACAAGCUGAAUGGAGUUGAGAGGGCCGACUCAGUCACCUGGAACCCUCAUAAGAUGAUGGGAGUGCCACUGCAGUGCUCUGCCAUUCUGGUCAGAGAGAGGGGAUUACUACAAAACUGCAACUCCAUGUCUGCAGGCUACCUCUUCCAGCCAGAUAAACAGUACGACAUAACAUACGAUACCGGUGACAAGGCCAUCCAGUGUGGACGGCAUGUGGAUAUCUUCAAGUUCUGGCUGAUGUGGAAGGCAAAAGGAACAGUAGGAUUUGAGCAGCACAUUGACAAGUGCCUGGAUCUGUCAGCGUACCUCUACGAUAAGAUCAGAAACAGAGAUGGCUUCAAGAUGGUGUUCAACGGAGAGCCGCAGCACACCAACGUCUGCUUCUGGUACAUUCCACCAAGCCUGCGAGGCUUCCCUGAUGGUGAGGAGCGACGCGAGAAGUUACACAAGGUGGCCCCAAAGAUCAAGGCCAUGAUGAUGGAGUCCGGGACCACCAUGGUGGGUUACCAGCCACAGGGAGACAAGGUCAACUUCUUCCGCAUGGUCAUCUCCAACCCUGCCGCCACCAGGUCAGACAUCGACUUCCUCAUCGAGGAGAUGGAGCGACUGGGGAAUGACUUGUAAGCGCUACACCUGUAAAGUAAAACCACCCCCUUGAAAUAUCUGGUGAGCCUUGAGCUUGGCUUCAUGUCCCUUUUGUCUUAUACAGAUGUUGAGUUUUUUUUUUGUUGCUUAAAACAGCCAUUUAAUAAUAAUACGCCCUGUGUGUCACUUCUCUGUUUCUUUCUGUCUUUAGCAGCAACGAUAUUGAAAACAUUUGCACAAGCGGGUGUGGGAGUAAAAAAUACACAAGUCAAAGCUUGAGAGAAUCACAUGAGCACAAGUUAUUCUUGCCAAACAAUUCAUAUUUAUAAUGUCAGAGUGAUGAGUUGGACGCAGGUUUCUCUUCACCUAAAUGUGAAAAAAGCAAGAAUACCUGAGCACUUGGAUGAUUCUGUCACUGAGCAGGUAUAAAAAUAUAAUUUUACUGUUGUAUUAUAUGAAAAUCACAAUUAAAAACAGAAUAAGAUCAAAAUAUUUUUUCACAAGUAACAGAGCACAAUGUAGGUAACCUCA